CAAGGCACCUUGGGAAGUACAGGCUGUUGUAAACAUGGCGGCCGCAGUGGGCAGAGUUCUGUCCUUCACUAAAAAUGCUAAGGUGCUUGUUUCACCUUUGAGGCUGUCUGCUGUGCCUGCUCACCGUUACAGCGUAGAGGUGUCCAGCACCGGUGAGGCCAUUACUCACACUGGUCAGGUGUAUGACGAGAAUGAUCCCAGAAGAGCCCGAUUCGUUGGCAGACAGAAAGAGGUGAACAAGAACUUUGCCAUCAAGUUGGUGGCAGAGGAGCCAGUGACUGACAUUCAGGCCAGAGUUGUGUCCUGUGAUGGAGGUGGAGGAGCUCUGGGCCACCCCAAAGUCUACAUCAACCUGGAUAAAGACACAAAAGUGGGUACAUGUGGCUACUGUGGACUACAGUUCAAGCAGAAGCAUCAUCACUGAAACAUUUCCUCUGUCUUUGCUUCUCUGUAUAAAUUGCCAUAUUGGUUAAUAAAUUAUAUCUUGUCUGUC